AUGUCGGGUGGAGCAGAACCCAGAACUUGUGGCCUCAUUCACCUCCCACAGCAAGCGAGUCUCGUUUCGGAUGCCGACGAAGAGGUAUUCCUGCUCUAUACACAUUUGGCUGCGCGGCGCCCGCUCGAUGAGGCUACGGGCUUCCGAGGGCUCGGACACGUCGACUCACAGAAAGACACGCUCACCGUCGAGUUCACCAUCGCAAAGCCGCCGCAGCGGGCUAUACAGGAGCCGACUAUUCGCCAGAGCAGGUCGACCGGGCGUUCAACCAAGAAGAAAAGCAAGGUUCCGACUGAGUCGCGGGAACAUGUCAUCGCCAUCGAGCUCCUGCAGGACAAAACAGCCCUCCGCACCCGCAAGGGGGACACGGGUAGUGUUCUCUGGCGCGCAAGCGUUGAUUUCGCGCAGUAUGUCCUGCGAAGCUAUCAUACCCGGGCACCCGACACGCUCUUGGACGCCGGCUCUCUGUCCGCUGCACAUGUGCUCGAGCUGGGUGCUGGAACAGGCCUGCUCGGCAUCGCACUAUCGCCCAUCGUCGCCCGCUACACACUCACAGACAUCGACGCACUCAUCCCGUUGAUACGCAAGAACCUCGCACACAAUUGCAACCUACCGAACUUAACCCGCAGCACCACGGCCAGACGAUCGGCACAUGGCACCAGCGGUCCCGCACCCAAGGAUGAAAAACACGCUAACGUCGUCGUGGAAGCGUUGGACUGGGAGCAGCUGCGCGGUGCCUCACCGGCCUUGCGCAAAUCUUCAUUCCAGUAUCCACCUAUUGACGUAUUGCUUGUCGUCGACUGCAUCUAUCACCCAUCACUACUGCCAGCUCUACUAUCCACCAUUGACCACUUAACAACACCAGGUGUGACGGCCGUCCUCGUGGUCGUCGAGCUGAGAGCAGAAGAUGUCGUAAGGGAGUUUCUGGCGGGAUGGCUGAGCAUAGAGUCGAACGGGAUGUGGCAGGUGUGGAGCGUCCCGGAGGUACUUGACGGUCCAUAUGCAGUUUGGGUUGGGUGGAAGGCACCUCGCGAUGAUAGCAAGAGAUAA